AUGAUGGAACACGCUGGACUGGGAAAGAGCUACUGGGGUGAAGCAGUGAUGACGGCGAUGUUUCUUCGAAACCGCUGUCCAACACGUGCCAUUCACCAAGACAAGUCUCCAUAUCAAGUGUGGACGAUGAAGAAACCGAUUCUGGCCAACCUUAAAGUGUUUGGAUGCCACGCGUAUGUUCAAGUGCCUCAAGACAAACGCGCGAAGUUCGACUCCAAGUCAUCACUCUGUCGUUUCCUGGGAUACGCCGAACACCAGAAGUCAUAUCGAUUUGAGGAAGUGUCAACAGGAGCGAUCAAGAUCAGUCGCGAUGCCACAUUCAUGGAAGACAAGUUUGAUGAAGGUCCGCGCAACUACAACGAUGAGUCAAGUGUCGUUGAGUUUGAUGAUCAUGAUGAGGACGAAGAAAAAGAAGAAGGUAAAACUGACGACGACAUGGACUCGAGCGACGAUGACAACGAAGACACCAGGUCUUCGAAGAGCAACAUCAAGAGACACACGCGCACUCAAUCACUUGAGAAAGCUACCGUCAUUCCAAGUCCCAAGCGAAGAACAUACAGAGGUCCGUCGCUUGAGCAUGUGUCAGCGGCUGCAAUGGAUUUUGAAGCAGCCUACAUCGUUGAUUCAGUGGGGGAAACGCCGACUACAUUCAAGUCGGCGAUGGAAUCAAGCGACUCCGGCAAGUGGAAAGAAGCGUGUGACUCGGAGUUCGAUUCGCUUCAGAGAAACGACACGUGGGAAAUCGUGCCUCUUCCGAAAGGUCGCAAGGCCAUCGGGUGCCGAUGGGUUUUUCGUGUAAAGGAGAAUCAAGAUGGCGAAGUUGAACGUUUCAAGGCAAGACUUGUGGCCAAAGGAUUCUCACAGAAAUUCGGAGUUGACUAUGAAGAAACUUUCGCACCGGUGGCCAAGUUCACAUCGAUUCGUGUGGUGCUCAGUAUGGCGGCUAAGUACGGCCUAAUGCUACAUCAGAUGGACGUCAAGACAGCGUUUCUUAACGGCUCCCUCAACGAAGACAUCUACAUGGACCAGCCGGACGGAUACCUGGAUGCAACACAGCCGGACUAUGUGUGCAAGCUAAAGAGAUCACUCUACGGCUUGAAGCAAUCGCCUCGCAUGUGGAACCAAACAAUCGAUGGGUUCAUGAUCAAGAUGGGAUUCAAGAAGUGCGAAUCGGACCACUGCAUCUACAUCAAGCGAGACGACCAAGACAUGAUUCUCGUGGUGCUCUACGUCGAUGAUCUCAUCCUGGCCAGCAGCAACAACGAACUCCUCAAGUCAACCAAGAUGGCGCUGAGCAAACGCUUCGAAAUGACGGAUCUCGGUGAGCUCGAUUACUUUCUCGGCAUGGAGAUCAAGAACGACCGUAAGACGGGAAUGGUGACUGUACAACAAACCAAGUUUCUCAAGUCCGUGUUAACCAAGUUCGGAAUGGAUAACAGCAAGCCAGUGAAGACGCCUCAAGAUCCCGGCCUGAAGCUAACCAAGAACAUGUGUGAACAAGAAUGCAAGCACGAAGACACCAUGUGCAACGUGCCAUAUCGAAGUGCUGUCGGAGGCAUCAUGUAUCUCAUGGUCGCCACACGUCCGGAUCUAGCUGCUGCAGUGGGAUCAUUAUCCCAGUUCUCGUCCGACCCAUGCCCGACUCACUGGCAAGCUUUGAAGCGUGUGCUGAGAUACCUGCAAGCAACGCCCAAUCAUGGUCUUGAGUUUACACGUGAAGAAGGAAGCCGUAUCUGCGGGUACACCGACGCAGACUGGGCCGGCGACAUUGAGUCAAGACGAAGUACAAGCGGCUAUGUGUUCAUGAUGAGCGGAGGAUGCAUCAGCUGGAAAAGCCAGAAACAACGGACGGUCGCGCUAUCUUCAACAGAAGCAGAAUACAUGGCGCUUUCCGAAGCAACCAAAGAAGCAGUAUGGCUCAAAGUGCUUUUGGGGGAACUUGGUGAGAUGACAAGCGACGAAGCGAUCAAGAUGUAUGAAGACAACCAAGGAUCAAUCGCUCUCGCCAAGAACCCGGAGUUCCAUAAGAGAACAAAACACAUCGACAUACGCUACCAUUUUGUGCGUGAGAAGGUGGAAUCAGGUGAAGUCGUUUUGGAGUAUUGCCCGACUCAAGAUAUGCUGGCAGACAUGAUGACCAAGCCGAUCGCCGCUGUACAAUUUGAAAACAUUCGCGAUCGACUUGGGAUCCAAGGUGCCGCAGCUAACGAGUCGAGAGGGAGUGUUGAAAAGACAGCGGCUGUGAAGAAGACACCUCGUCAAGCUGCGUCAAGUGUUGAAGCAAGUGGAAGACCAAGCUUCGCUAUACCGGUGGGUACCGGUAUGUACCAGUAA